AUGAGGGGUGGUCUCGUCAUCAUCUCUCGGAUCUUUCGGUUCCCAUGGCUGGAGGACAUUUAAAGGGACUGGGCAGGAGAGGGCCAUGUUCUAAGAGUGCGUAGUUCCAGCCAUGUGCCGUGUGUGAGGAGCUUGGACAGGAUCUGAAGAUGCUCUGCCUGUACGCCUGGACAUUUCUUAUCGGUAUCCUUCAUUCCGUCGCCGCCAGCUCUCUGGAAAACCAGUGCAACUGGAGAGGAAGUGGGCUGUCUCUAGAGCCAAAGUCAGUGGAGCAAGUAUCACUGCACUGUGCGGAGGGCACAGUGGAAUGGUUGUACCCAACGGGAGCACUACGCCUCAGCCUUUUACCGCGCCUCCCCGUCUCAUCUUCAGGACCAGGCUCCAGCCGCUACACGGCCUGCAUCAAGCCAGCAGCUUCGUUUCGGGGCGCUCAGUUAUACCUGGAGAAGGAAGGAGAGCUGGAGCUGUUGAUGUCUGAGGGAGAGCCGUCCAUGCUGUCCAGGGUGCAAUGCUUCACGUGGCUGCCACACCAGAAGGUGGCGCUAUUCCUACAAGCCACUCCUCACCAGGACAUUAGUAGGCGCAUUUCGGCUAUCCGCUAUGAACUCAGAGGGGAUUGGGAUGGACGGCUGGUGCUACCACUCAACAAGCUGAGCAUGAAAGGUGCCUGCCGGCCGUGCAACGACACAGAGAUCCUGAUGGCCAUGUGCACUAGUGACUUUGUUGUUCGUGGAAACAUCAAGUCAGUGGAGAACAACAAUGAACUGCAAGAGUCUGUGAUCGGGAUCAGCGCCACCAGGGUUCACCGACAGAAGUUCACAUUGUUCCAGCCUACAGGUCACUCAAUGAGGUCCCAUGGGGAAAUAAGGACUCCUAUCAGCUGUGGGGUCAAACCAGGGCCUGGCAGCUUCCUUUUCAUGGGUUGGGUACACUUUGGUGAUGCUUGGUUGGGCUGUGCCCCACGUUACAAAGACUUCAAAAGAGUUUAUGAAUCUGCAACAAAGCUCCAUUCAAACCCAUGUGAGAUAUCUCUGGACUGAUGUUAGCAUAAUGAGUGAUGAUCAACCAAUGGAUGCAAGAGCAUCUCUAUGAGGAAGUCCAGCGUGCCAUAAUUGGAAGACCACCUACUUACUUGUAUCUGGAGUCCUCUGAACCCUCAGAAGCUUAGGUUACCUUCGACCUGACUCUAUAGGUCCUUCCAAAUAUCAACACAUUGGUUCAGUCUGGAAGACCUCAGGUGCCGAUCUGGAUAUUUUACCCAAAAGACCUUAAGAGCAUCCGGGACAGAUAUGAAGUUCCCUGAAGAAUUUGGUCAAGGACUAUGACAUAUAACCUUCGGAUCAGAUGACGUCUCAAAUGGAGCCAUGGUCCGUCUCAUUUCCAGUGCUGUGAAUUCAUAAGUAAGGGGUGGUUGUGACCUUUAUGGAGUCUUCUUCUGAACAAACCCUUUUGAUGUCACCCCUCUCGAAUUUGCACUCUUUGAAAAACUUGCUUGAGAACUGAGCCAGUUCUUAUACUCCCUUAAUUUUUUUCGGGAGUACUUAUUACAAAUGAUAAACAUGCAGCCACCUCCAAGAUGGUGAAACUGUAUGUAUUUUCCAAGAAAUCAAGAACGUUCUCUAUGGCAGCUUGUGAUGAACACUGAACACUAUGGGUGCUCGGCUCUGAGCACCCUCCCAACGAGACCAGUAAAAGGAAGAAAAUGGCGGUAUAGUAAGCGUAGGCCAAUGGCUGGCCAUGCUUACAACAUAGAAGGGUACUAAACCGCUACUGGAGCUACGUCAUACUGCUAUAACCUGGCGUUAUUGUGGUAGUGGUAGAGUCCUUGGUGAUUAUUUUUCAUGGUCUACAAAGCACAUCAAUAAUAUA